AGUCCUUGUCAGUCAAGAUGAAAUUCUGGUCUGCGUGCAUAAAACCGUCAAAGCCCUUCCCUGUGGAGAUCCCGGACAACCACACCUUGAGGCUGACUCAGUGCUCUCUCGGGGAGAAUGUGAAGCAGGGGAAGACUGUGUUGAAGGUCAAAGUAGCAGGAAAGGAGUGCGUGAUCGCGUCCUUGAUAACCGAGAAGAUGGAGCACUGCGUGAUGGAGCUCAUGUUCGAAGAGGGUCAGAUCGAGUUCAUCACCAGCGGACAGAACGAGAUUCACCUGGCUGGCAACAUGAUGGACAAUGAGGAGGGUAUGGACGGCAUGGGAGGCAUGUCAGACGAGGAGGAGGAUGAGGACGAUGACUUCGAUGCUAAGGCUGCCAUGAAGGGAAUGGGAAAGGGUCAGGACGACGAUGAGGACGACGAGGACGAGGACGAUGAUGGAGAGGAGGAUGAGGAAAUGGACGAUGACGGCGAAGGCGAAGAGGAGGAGGAAGAGGAAGAGGAAGAGGAAGAGGAGGAGAAGCCCAAGCCUAAGCAGUCAAACGCUGGUCAAAAGAGAAAUGCCCCAGAGACCAAGGAAGCGCCUUCCAAGCAGCAGAAAACUCCUGCCAAGACGAACCCAAGCACGCCGGCCAACAAGAAAGAAGCCGCCAGUGCAGGCACCCCCAAGACUCCUGGAAGCAAGGAUGUCCCAGCGGACGUGAAGACGAAGCUCAAGAACGUGCUGGCGGGUCACUCGAGCGGCAUCAAGGGGUCUGACUUCCCCAACGAGUGGGCGAAGGCGGUGAAGACUCCGCUCAAGGACACGUACAUGAAGCUCGGGUUCAAGAAGCUCAACGAGUUCAUCAAGGCCUGUCCCGAUGUCAUCACUGUUGAGGAGAAGGGAGGAGGAAACAUCGUCUACCACCCCAAGAAGAAGUAAACCGAGUCCAUGAGCCGGUCAUAAUGCGUUUAAUGUCAGCCGAGGUGUUUCUUUCCACUCGUUUUAUUAAAUCGAAUCUCAACCA